GGUGUUCGUUGACCAAGUUAUGAAACGGUAGAAGUUCGGACUUCGGUGUCCGGCAACAACAAAGUUCAUUUCUCUGGUGGACCGUGGACGACUCUUUUAGUUUUCAGCUCUUUCAUCUUGCGAAGAAGAGUUUGCAGUCUACAGCAGAAGAGAUACAAAAAUGGCUUCCUUCAUUUCUCGUAGAUUUGCUUGUACACUCCUAAAACCCUCUUAUUCUUCUUCUGUUUCUGUAUUUUCCAGCCAUAUGACCUUCCAAAAUCGUAGCCCAAGCUCCUUCAUUCAGGUCUCUCACUCAGACUCCGGUUUCAGAUUCUCAAGGUUCUCAGCACAGAAGCUCGGAAACCCUGGUUUCCAUCCAUCUAACUUGCUCACCUCUCUCUCAGGUUCGAGAAGCAAUCUAGGUCCAAUCGUUUUCCCAGAAGAAAAACCCACAAACCCCAAUCCCCCUUUCAUCAGGUUAUAUUCAAUUUCUGCAACUAAACCCAGAACUCCUGCUCAUCUAGUUGAAAGACCCUUGAAUUCUAAAUUUAAUUGGUUAUCAGAGAAAACACUCAGAAACCCAGAGCUUAGAUUUUUCUCAACUUCUUCAGAUGAUUUCGAUUCUGAGAAAUCCAAUUACCCCAGUCAAAACCCGAAAUUUAAACAUCAAGAGAUCGAGGGACCUACGGUCGAACGCGAUGUCUCUGCUCUGGCCAAUGAAACCCGAGAUGUGUUAGAAGGACUGAUGAAGACCAUCUUUGAUCUAAGCAAAGCUCUUGCCUUUCUGGGUCUUGUCCAGCUCGGCUGCGGUGCUUGGAUUUCUUACAUUACUCGAUCUGCUCCGAUUACGGAGGUCUCAAUCCAGAGCUUGAUGGCAUUUGCAUUCCCCUUCUCAUUGGCAUUCCUGCUCCGGCGGUCGUUGAAGCCAAUGAUCUUCUUCAGAAAGAUGGAGGAACGAGGUCGGUUGCAGAUUCUAACUCUAACCCUUCAGAUCGCUAAGAAUUUGAAUCUCCUCUUUGUUCGAGUGCGUGGGGUUUCUUUGUUGUGUGUCGUGGGGAUGUCAGCCGGAUUGUUGUUUACUGUGUUCACGAGAUGAGUUCUCAAUUCCGUUCUGAAUAAAAAGUUCUCUCUCUUUUGGGGCUUCCAAUAGGAAAUCUUAGCACAAAUUGACAGUACGAUAUUGUUUCAUUCUGUAUUGACUCAGUUACUACCAGGCAAAUAAGACAGGAAGAUUUACAGUAAACCAGGUAAGGAUCGAUGUGGAAACGUGUUAUAAUUCAGGUGCCCAUUGACACGACCAAGGACCCUCUUUAAAUGCUCGGGCAUUGGGUUCUACUCCCGAAUGUCUCUGCAUUCAUGAGGCUCUUUGUCAAUCAAAUUGCUGUUAACCCCGGAGGAGAUAGCUUCUUCUCCAAAUGGUCUGCCCUGUUGAAGUAACCAUGCACAUAGUUGAUGCAGAGAUUCUAAAGCUUCAGCUCUUUGCUGGAUUUGAUUAUCCCUUUGGGUCCUGGUGUCAUCACCAUGUAGAGUAGUCAGUGUACUCAUUAAUGAAAUGUCAUUGGUAAUCCUUUUUAUGUCAUGAAUGUCAUCUUUUCCUGUUUUCUCUGAAUGAUUAAGGUCUUUGCUGACUUUGAUUAUCCCAUUAAAUUCUAUGGCUGCAUUUUCGGAUGUCAUGCAAUCUGGGAGCAUGUAUGGAGUACGCAAUGGGAUCAAGUUUCUGCAUUUGCUGUAAGACGCAGCUUCGUACCACAUCAACAUGCCUAACAGUUGGUGUGGUAAAUGAUGUAAUUUCAUUGUUAGGUGGGACUGGUGGGCUUAGGCCUGGAAUUGCAUAUUUCUAUUUUUGUGGUUUUAGUAGAACCAGCACCUCCAACCUCUAUUAUCAGCUUCUCUAACAUCAUCUGGAUACUUUGCUAAACACAUCUUCUGUGAUCACUCAUUUGUCUUGAUAAGAACGUCUUCCACUUUAUGUGAAUGUUCGGAUGGUUGAUCCUUUUUUUCGCCUUUGUAGUUACCCAUUGUCAUCAUAACCAAGGUGAUAUCAUGCUAAUGUUUUCCAUCUAUUGCAAACUAUUGGGAUUGGUUUGCUUUUCUUCACCAUUGGCAGUCAUCUCACUAUUGUCAGGCACUGUCAUCUGUAGUGGAUAAACCAUCUUGGUGUCAUGUUUAUCUGUUUUUAGGACAGAGGCUGUUGAUAGCUCCUUAUUGUGCAAGUUCCUUGGCUGUAAAUUAGUGAUUUCUGCAAUUUGGAUCAAAAUUUAUUGCCA